CGGAUACGUUUCACCAGUCCCGGAAGUGCUUGUUGGUUGGUUGGACACAAAUUGACAACAAAAAGGAGCGCCAGACAACAGGAUCGACAUGAGCUGCUCAGAGACAGGGCAAGGGAUUUUACAAAGAAAAAUACCCAGUAUAACUACAUUAUAAAGUCAAAUGAACUCGUAAUAAAUUAACACACACCAAGAGAACCCCAGAAAGGCACGAUUUUGUCAGAAACGACGAGGAUCUAACCUCAGAAUUUAUGAUAACCAUUGAUGAAUCAGUGGCCUGUGUGUGUGUGUUUUGUAAUGUAAGCACUGCAUAAACAUUGCAUUUAGACUAAUGUAUUUAAAGCAAGAACGUUACAUAAUGUUAAGGUUUUAAGACGUCUGCAGUUAAAUGUUUUGUUUUUUUUUUCUUUAAAAGUUUAUUUUCUGUGUUUUGACGCAUUUGGUGUUUAGUGUACGCGUUUCACUGUUUUUUUUUCACUGCUGAGAGAAUGCCAGAAAUUAAAGUAAAGCACAUCGUGUCCUGUAGCAGCGAAGACAAUACUCACAAAGCAGACAAUCUGUUGAAAGCCGAUACCUACAGGAAGUGGAAGUCUGCCAGGCCAGGAGAGAAGCAGAUAUCCGUUAUCUUGCAGUUUGAGAAGUCGGAGCAGAUCCACAGUAUUGAUAUUGGAAAUGAGGGCUCUGCGUUUGUGGAGGUGCUCGCCGGCAACUCUACUUCGAUCAAAGAGCAGGAUUACGAGGUGAUCCUGGUGACCUCCUCCUUCAUGUCCCCCACGGAGAGCAGGAACAGCAACAAUCUGAACCGCGUCCGCAUGUUCGGACCGGACAAGCUGGUCAAGGCAAACGCGGAGAAGAAGUGGGACCGGGUCAAACUCAUCUGCACCCAGCCUUACAACAAGAAUAUUUCCUAUGGGAUCUCAUUUAUAAGGUUUCACUCGCCACCGGACGGUACUGAGGAUUCAGCAGCUUCCCCACCAAAACUAACAAAACUAGGCCAGUUCAGAGUGAAGGAGGAAGAGCCCAAUACUGCCAGUCUGAAGCCUGGCAGUCUGUUCUUUAACAGGACGGCCAAACCAGACACCCCUCCCAAGACCACCCCUCACAGUGACAAGCCGACCCCGAGCUAUGCCACUGCCACUCUGCAGUCUACGGGCUGUGCGGCCCCAAGCGCCACCCCAGACGUGGAGGAGAAACCAGCAACCAGUACGACCGCUUCACCAAAGCAGGAGCCGACGCCGGGAAAGAGGAAGUAUGAGUUCAGUAAAGAAAGGCAGCCUCCUGCUGCCAAGAAACAGAACUCCCAGAAUGCUCAGAACCCCGCUGAAAACACGCGACCCAAAGCUAGCCCUUCACAAGCCAGCACCAAGAAACUCAAAGCCGAACCAGUCAGCCCAUCAUCUCCCCCACAAGAGAAGAAACCACGAAAGCAGGAAGAGAAGAGAAAGACCAAGACCAAGGAUUCGACAGAGGCAGAGUUCUCCCGGCUCCUGGAAGGCACUGUUUUUGUGCUCAGUGGAUUCCAGAAUCCAUUCCGGGCUGAACUACGGGACAAAGCGCUAGCCAUGGGGGCCAAAUACCGGUCCGACUGGACCCCAGACAGCACCCACCUCAUCUGUGCCUUUGCCAGUACCCCCAAGUACAGCCAGGUGAAGUCCCUAGGGGGUGUGAUUGUGCGUAAGGAAUGGAUCCUGGACUGUCACAAAAGGAGACAGAGUAUCUCUUUUAAACGGUACCUGAUGGACGGAGCGGAGUCCAGCACUGAGGAAUCUGAGGAAGACAGUGAGGAAGAGGACUCUGGGAAGCGUCGAUCGUCCAGUAACAAACAGGGUUGGUGUGAAUUGCAGAGGGCAGGCUCCCCCAGCGCUAACCACAAGAGAGUGACUCCAAAAAAGGAGCCGCAGAGAGAGAAUGCGGAGCGCCCUGGGACGUCAAGAGCAGCCGGACUCGUCAAGGGCCAACCGCCCCCAGAGGAGGAGGACAAAUUCGGGGGCUCCACCGAUGAAGAGAAGCCUGGUAAUGGCCGGGACAGUCGGGAGGACUCAGGGAUGGACACAGAGGAUGAACUCAGAAGAGUGGAGGCUCAGAACCACAGUAAGAAGCAGGGAUCUCGGCGCUCAGCAGGAGAAGAUGAUCCAUACGCAGGGUCAACGGACGAGAACACAGACACUGAAGAGCCAGAGCUGGACCUUCCUAUCCCAGAACUUCCAGAUUUCUUGACUGGUAAACACUUUUUCCUGUACGGGGAGUUCCCAAAAAACGAGAGGAGAAUGAUGAUCCGGUAUAUCACUGCUUUUAACGGAAUCAUUGAGGAGUACAUGGAUGUAAAAGUGCAGUAUGUCAUCACAGCCCAGGAUUGGGACGAAACCUUUGAAGACGCUCUGAUGGAGAACGCCAGCCUGUCGUUUGUGAAGCCGCGCUGGCUGUACGUUUGUAACGAGAGGCAGAAACUAGUCCCCCACCAGCCCUACGUGGUGGUGCCACAGGCAUAGGGGCACCUGAGAGGAAGUGAUGUCACAAUUGAACAGGAAGUGGGUGGGACAAUGACAACACACCAGCAAAGGCCAACCAGAAGAAAAAAUAAUUUUCUAAAACUAUACAGGGAUCAUCAAUUGCAUUCUUCCAGUAAGCCCAUGUAUUUUCGGGAAAGACUUUUUGAUUAAACCCUUUUUUUUUUUUUAUUGUUGUCUAAGAUCGGCAAUACACUGAUAAUUAGACCUUUUUGUAUGGAGCAGCAGAAUUCUUUCAAAACGCAAGCCAGUGCAUUUUGUUUUGUUUUGUACUGAUUGCAUUCACGAAUAAAACUGACAGACUUGCACUUUUCA